AGCAUCACAAUACCCCUGGGAAGUACUAUCAUCUCCAUUUGAUUGCCGAAAUAACCCAAAGCAUAGAAUGGUUAUAUGACUUGCUUCCAGCCACAGCUGACCCACUAAAUUACACGUUUUUCUUGAAAAUUACACUUACUAAAAAAGUACAACAGUUUACUACAGUCUUGGAUCAGAGGCAAUGCUAGCCUACUGGGGGCCCUAAGUAGGAAUAUUUUUGGCUCCCCCCUACCCCCAGGUAAAGUUACUAAUUGCAUUAUUUCCACAAACCAAAAAAUAUACCCACACUAUAUAUACUAAUACACUUGUUAAAAAGUCCACAUUAAAUAAGAUGAACAGUAUUUUGGGGGUAAUACUAAAUUGGGGCCCCUUUGAGCUGCUUGGAGCCCUGAUCAACUGAAGUCUGCUUAUUACCUUACCCGUUUAGUACCACCACUGCUUGGACUUAAAUGCUAAAGUGUCAUAUUGUAAGCGAUCAUGUAUGUGGCAGCCACGUUUAAAAAAUAUGAAUAUUGUCAUCACAGCUGCAGAAUCAGGACAGAAAAAUUGUAUGUUGUAUUACAGAGAUAGGCCUGGUAUAAUGGUCUGAGCAAAUCAUCCUCAGCUCUGGUUUUCCCAGUGCAUUGAAUCUUCGACAUGAGUCACUAUUAGACUACACAUUCUUUGGAUAAGGGCUUCUCCGUGUGCAUUAUACAGCCCGAAGCACAUUGCUAUCUUUAAAUAAAUACAAAGAAGUACAGGAUUUAAUAAUCCACAGGCUGUUUAUGUUUUAGUACUAUUGGGGCUCCAUUGUACUAGACAUAGUAAUAGAUAUUUCAUGCCCUGAAGUGCUUACAAUUAGAGCUAGUCAAAAUGUAUUGCUUGAAACUUUUUUUGAUGAAAAAAUGAUUUUUUCAUCAGAAGAGAAAUUUCUGCUUUUGAUGUGUUUUCAACAAAUUUUUUCAAGUAUUCAAAGAAAAAAACAUUUUUCUGUUUUCAACUUAAAAUAAACCAAACACGCUUUUUGGGUUGAAGUUUUAUUGGAAAAACCUCAAAAACCUUUGAAGAAAAAAUUAAACAAAACUUACAAAAAUAUUAUUUUCACUGCAAUAUGUCACAGGAACAAACAGAAACUAUCCCAACCAGCACUCCUUACAAUAUAGAUAACCCUGACAUACGAAGGGAGGGGAAAUCGAGGCAGAGAGGAGUGAAAUGAUUGGCCAAAGGUCACAUAAUAGCCUAUUGGCAGAGGUGGGAACAGACCCCAGGUCUUCUGCCUUCCAGUACCCCAUGUAAGCCCAUGCAGCGUUGGUGUGUAGAAAGUUUUUGUACAGCACUGUCAAGGAAAGUCCUCUUCUCCUGACAGGGAAAGUUUAGUAGUGUUAAGAGGGAGAGGAAUCCCACCAGAGGCUAAGAAGUGCCCACCCCCCAAAUUCCUGCACUGUUCUUGUUGGGUCUCCUCUGGUCCCGCAUGAGGUUGGUAGCAACAGGUUUCAGAGGAAUGUCCUUGAGUAACCCCUGUUCUUGUCCCAGCACCUCCCCCAUGCCUUCUGCGGUCUCGGUAGCAACGUUAUUCCUUUAAGAGGCGGCGGGGGUUCCUUCUCCUCCUUCAUGCGACUUGACACAGGCCUGGCCACGCCCCCCCUCGCCUGUUCUAUCAUCGCAGGGGCAUCUCUCCUCCCUCUCCCCUCCCUGCCCCCAGCAACUCUUGCGCCGAUUGGCUCCGGCUGCGCAAGAGGCGGCCUCGCGUUCGAAGAAAAAGAUACCCGGACGUUCCAAUGGGAAGCGCGUUCGGAAAAAUGAUACACAACGUUCCAACGGGGAAGGGAAGCGUCCCGAUUGGUCCCGGAUGCCAUCAGGGCUGACCAGCGGCUGCUGCCGAGUGAGGCCGCUGGGCUCCUUGCUUCUCGCCCUGCUAGGGGAACUGUAGGCAGCAAGCAGCAUUGAAUGGGCUGGGAGACAGCAGCGGAGGCACCCUGGGGUUUGCAGCGUGUGUGGAAGUUCUCGCCAUGAGCCGUCCCCAGGCGGCAGCAACUGCUGCUACUGCAGCCCGAGCCCCCUCCUCUUUGCUUCUCCUGUUCCCACCCCUUGGCAUCUGAGGCGGAUCCCAGUGCAGACCCUGAGGCUCAUUAACUCCUCUGACCUGCUUAGUAUGUUUAAUUAAUUGAUUCCCCUUCCUCCUUCUAAGGUGCCUGGAAAUCUGUGUCCAAUUGAGAGGAGAGGGGUGUUCCUCUGUGGAUAAAGUUUCAAAUAGACUAAGAACAUAUACUUGUAUUUUUUUUAUUUGGUUGCACUAGUGGAAAUUCCUUCGUUGGUGAGGUUUUUUUUUUUUUUUUAAAGGGUUAUUGGAGGGGUGUGUGAGGAAACCAUGGGACUACCUGCUUUGGAAUUUAGUGACUGCUGCUUGGACAGCCCCCAGUUCCGAGAGACGCUGAAAUCUCAUGAAGCUGAGCUGGACAAGACCAACAAAUUCAUCAAGGAGCUGAUCAAAGAUGGGAAGUCGCUCAUUGCAGCACUCAAGAAUCUGUCUUCAGCAAAGCGGAAGUUUGCAGAUUCCCUAAAUGAGUUUAAAUUCCGAUGUAUAGGAGAUGCAGAAACAGAUGAUGAAAUAUGCAUAGCAAAAUCCCUGCAAGAAUUUGCCACCGUUCUCCGGAAUCUCGAAGAUGAGCGAAUGCGCAUGAUUGAGAAUGCUGGUGAGGUCCUGAUCACUCCACUGGAGAAGUUCCGCAAGGAGCAAAUUGGUGCUGCUAAGGAUGCCAAGAAGAAGUACGACAAGGAGACAGAGAAGUAUUGUGGUGUCUUGGAAAAGCACUUAAACUUGUCUUCUAAGAAGAAAGAAUCCCAACUUCAAGAGGCAGACAGCCAGGUAGACCUGGUUCGACAGCAUUUUUAUGAAGUCUCCCUUGAGUAUGUCUUCAAGGUGCAAGAAGUCCAGGAGAGGAAGAUGUUUGAAUUCGUGGAACCUCUGCUGGCAUUCCUGCAAGGGCUCUUCACAUUCUACCAUCAUGGCUAUGAACUCGCAAAGGACUUCAGUGACUUCAAGACAGAGCUGACAAUCAGCAUACAGAAUACAAGAAAUCGUUUUGAAGGGACCCGGUCGGAGGUUGAGUCCUUGAUGAGGAAGAUGAAGGAGAAUCCGGACGAGCACAAGAACAUCAGCCCUUUCACAAUGGAAGGCUAUCUCUAUGUCCAGGAGAAACGUCACUUUGGGACCUCCUGGGUGAAGCAUUACUGCACAUAUCAGAGGGAAUCGAAACGAAUCACUAUGGUACCAUUUGACCAGAAGUCUGGAGGAAAAGGGGGAGAAGAUGAAGCAGUCACACUCAAAUCCUGCAUACGCCGGAAAACUGACUCGAUAGAGAAGAGGUUUUGCUUUGAUGUGGAAGCAGUGGAUCGGCCUGGUGUGAUCACCAUGCAAGCACUUUCUGAAGAGGACCGAAAGCUUUGGAUGGAGGCUAUGGAUGGCCGGGAACCGGUCUACAACUUGAACAAAGACAAUCAAAGUGAAGGCACUGCUCAGUUGGAUAAUAUUGGAUUCAGCAUUAUCAGGAAAUGCAUACAUGCUGUCGAAACAAGAGGGAUCAAUGAGCAAGGGCUCUACCGAAUUGUUGGAGUAAACUCCAGAGUUCAAAAGCUAUUGAGUAUCUUAAUGGAUCCCAAAACAGCUUCUGAAACAGAAACGGACAUUUGUGCUGAGUGGGAGAUAAAGACUAUCACCAGUGCACUGAAAACUUACUUGAGAAUGCUCCCUGGACCACUCAUGAUGUACCAGUUUCAAAGAAGCUUCAUCAAAGCAGCAAAGCUGGAGAAUCAGGAGUCCAGAAUCUCCGAGAUCCAUAACCUUGUUCAUCGGCUCCCAGAAAAAAACAGACAGAUGCUGCAGAUGCUCACGAACCACUUGGCAAAUGUUGCUAAUAAUCACAAACAGAAUCUAAUGACUGUUGCUAAUCUGGGUGUGGUAUUUGGACCAACGCUGCUUCGACCUCAAGAAGAAACUGUUGCAGCGAUUAUGGACAUCAAGUUUCAGAAUAUUGUAGUUGAGAUUUUAAUAGAAAACCAUGAAAAGAUAUUUAACACUGUACCGGAGACACUACCACCAAACUCGCAGCUGCUGCUACUAUCUCGUAAGAAGAGUACUGAUUCCAAGCCUCCUUCCUGCAGCGAGAGACCAUUAACACUCUUCCACACAGCACAGGCCAAUGAAAACCAGGAGACAAGGAACAGUAUCAUCAACUCCAGCCUGGAAUCUGUCAUCUCUUCAAAUGUCAACAGCUUCCUCCACUCCAACAGCACUCUCCGACCCAACCUGAACUCGAGUGAUCCUGACCUAGAAGUAAUUAAACCUAGUCGGCCAAACUCACUCCCUCAGAAUCCAAGCCCAACAUCACCCCUUUCACCGUCCUGGCCCAUGUUCUCUGCGCCAUCAAGUCCUAUGCCCACCUCCUCUACGUCCAGCGACUCAUCCCCCAUCAGCUCACCAUUCCGGAAAGCCAGAGCGUUGUAUGCUUGCAAAGCAGAACAUGACUCAGAGCUCUCCUUCACAGCAGGCAUCAUAUUUGAUAAUGUUCAUCCAUCUCAGGAGCCUGGUUGGUUGGAAGGAACCCUGAAUGGGAAGACAGGACUAAUCCCUGAAAACUAUGUGGAGUUCCUAUAACUUUGGCACAGAAGCAACACUGCUGAGCUUUACAUGGUAUCCAUGACAACUGCUGAUUAGAGUGUUGUAGAUCAUUUGCUCUUUGCCACCGUGAAAUGCAGGGUGAAGGACUUUCCGAUUCCUAUUGAAAUUAAUGUUUAUAUGAAUGAUAAUGUAUAUGUCUCCUUUGGUGAUCUAUUGUGGUGUGUGCAAAUAUACUGCAGAAGGGGCGGUCAGAGGCUCCAAGGAGGUCAUUCAACUCUUCCAACUUCUAGUAAAGGUGUGUGAUUCCUACAGCCACUGCUCCCACAUACUCAACUUUGUUCCUUUUGUUGAGCCAUUGUAUUAAUGAAAGGAGAAAUGGCGAAGUGCAAAAGCUUAAAAAGGAAUAUUAAUACCCAUUUCAGGGCCCUAUUCUGCAAACCCUUGAUUUGAAUGAGUAGUCCCACUGACAUCAAUCUAGACUUCAGUGAAACGGCUUAUCUGAGUACUAUUUGCACAAAUCCAGGGUAUGUAGUUUGGACCUUAAGCCACCAUUUCACAUUGUGGGGAGGAGAUUAUAUGGGAGCGAGGAGGCUGUUGCCAUUUCUUGCUCACAAAUUCUCCCCUCCUUGUUGAAUCAGCCAUAAUUGAUCUCUUAUUGGCUAACAGCAAAACAGUCUCUCUCUCAUAUAGCUGUGAGAAGGGGAGAGGUUAAGGUACUGUUUACAUACGUCAAACCAUUAACCGUUUCUGCAGUAGCAGUUUGCACAGCCCUGAGCCAUCCUUGACAGGAUUCAGUCCAGUCUCGACAAACGCAACACACCGAUUAUUCCCAUACCCUGAUGUUGAUGAUAGCCCUACUUUACUUAGUAUUUUAUAUUUUUUAAAAUGCCAUUGUUUUCUGAUGGUGAAAGCAAAAACAAAAGAAGUUGAAUGAUCUCUGUGGGGUGAGCGCACGAUCAGCUGUGAAUUUUCUGCGCUCUGAUGAGCAUCAGCACAAUGGAGGAGAGAAUAUUUUGGACCAAACCUUUCAUAACUUUUUUUUUUUUUUAGAUUUAGAUUUAUGCUGGGUAAACAUCUGUGAUCUGUACAGUCGGCAUUUCCUUCCUGGAAGGCAAGAUGCAGCUCAUGAUAAAUACCACUUGUUUUGUGUGACUUGCUGAUUCGUAUCAUCACUUACCAGUGCACAUUGUAGAGCGAGGAAUCCAUGCUUAUUGAAUACCCGGGCCACUCUUCCGUUAAUUUUGGUUAAAUUUGCCAUUCACUGCAGUUGUUUUUAUAGAUGGCGUCUUUGCUUGCAGCCUAGCAUAUAGUCUGGUGAGGCAAAGUCCGUGCAGUACUGAUUAUACAAAAUAAAUCUUUUGUAGCUAUAUAAGCAUUUAUUGUUCAUGUAGCCAAUUGAAAUUCUAAGGAAAACAAACAGUUAGUCCUUCCAAUGGUUUUUAUUUCACUCCUCCUCUCUUCCCUUAGAAAGUCUUGAAGCCUCCUCUUUUGAGUACCUGGUUUGGCAUAGAGUCACUCCAGUCUUAUAUUGUUCUCAAGAAAGUUUUUUUUGCGUAGUACUUAGCACAGCUCAGAUUAUAUUAAAAAAAAAGAAAAGUCAAACUUUCCUGAUAUUUUGUCAAGUGCUACAACAUUUUAUAAUAGAAAAUCAUGAGAAAAGCUGGCGUCUUGGCAGGAAGAAUUAUUUGUCUACCAUCACGUUAUUACGCAGAGAUGGGAUUUAGGGAAUGGAUUUAUUUUCUUUUUUAAUUAUUUUUUUAAGAACAUGAGUGCUUGAAUUGCUGUAUGUUUCACUUUUUAUUGUUGGAAAAAAUCAUAUGUAAAUAGGAUAAUUUGAAAUGUUAUGAGGGAAAGUUCUGUUUGAUAUUUGUAGCGGAGCUGUUAUGAGCUUGAUGUUCCAUGGAUAUUUGAAACCAAUUUACAGGGAAAAGCACACAGGCACACAACCUAACCUUUAAAUAUGUUGACCUUUUCCUUCAUUUUGUCACCAACUCUGCCAGCCAGCUGGAUUGAGUUUUGCUCACUUUUUAAUUUCAUUUCAUUAAUUAAACUUCCUAGACUGUCUCCUUCCAACACCAAAAUCUAAUGUAUACUAUACAUAAAAGAUAGGCUCGUAUGUUUGUGGGAGAGAGAGAUAAUGCGCGCACACACACACACCUUUGUGGGUUUCAGAGUAGCAGCCGUGUUAGUCUGUAUCC